CUUGGCUUUCGCCUCAGAUUCAUUGAACCCACCUCCAACUUCACUAUAAAGCCAAGAAUCUAACCUUGUCGUUGUUCUGCAAUUGAUUAUCAAAGGCUCAAACAAAGCCCUAUCCCAGUAACCAUGUCUGUCCUCCCAAGCACUGCAGAAUUUAUGACUUCGGCCGUCCGUAACGGCACUCCCGUGCAGGAAAACUUCCACAAAUUCUUCGAAUGUUGGCUUGCGGAGCAGAAUCAUUACCUGCAAGAGCUUCUCUCUGCCUCCAAAGAUAACAACAACCCGAACAGAAACGAAGACCCAGCAAGGGCAGACGAAGAAGAAGAGAAGGUCUUGCGUCCUUUGAUUAACCGAGUCGUUCGUCACUAUGAAGAAUAUUACAAAGCCAAAUCGAUCUGGGUAGAGCAUGAUGUGCUUCGGAUGUUAUCUCCAACAUGGAGGAGCAAGCUUGAAGACGCGUUCCUCUGGAUCGGUGGGUGGAGACCCAGUAUAGCUUUCCAUCUCCUCUACUCCAAAUCCGGGUUACAAUUGGAGAAUCAUCUAACUGAGUUGUUUCGUGGGCUUAGAACGGGAGAUUUAGCGGACCUUUCGCCGAGUCAACUUACCCGUAUCGACGAGUUGCAGAGGAAGACUAUCAGAGAAGAGAAGGAAGUAACGGAAAAGAUGGCGAAGCAUCAGGAGACCAUAGCGGAUUCCUCGAUGGUUGAGUUGUCUCACGUUGUGACUGAGUUGAUGAAUGACAGGGAUGGUGAGAGGAGUUCCCACGGAGAUGCGGAGAGGGAAGCCGAGAGAGAACGAGUGAACUCGGCACUAAAGCGAAAAGAGCAAGGGCUGGAGAGGAUAGUGGAGAAGGCAAAUGAUCUACGGCUGAGGACGCUGGAAGGUGUAAUCGAGAUCCUACGGCCAAUGCAAGCCGUACAUUUCUUGAUUGCUGCUGCUGAGCUGCACCUUAGGCUGCAUGACUGGGGGCUGGAUAAAGACACCAGUAACCACCGGGCUGGCAGUGGAACCAACCACCAUGGCUGAAUCACCGAGC